AUGCCACCCAACAUGCUGGCUGGCCGAGCUCCUGUCCUACUCCGACAAGGACGCUCCUUGCCGCGAGCCCUUCCCUCGGCCGCCCGAGCCUUUACCGCGCCAUCUCUAGUCCGCUCCUCGAGCCCAUUAUCGGCGCCGCUGCCGAAGCGCCUCGGCGCGCUCUGCGCCUUCCGCGCCUACACGUCGCCUGCCGCACAGCCGGCUCCCAAUCUCAAGGCCUAUCUCGAGAGCGGCGUCGUCAAGCCCAAGCAGGAUGUCAACGUCAAAAAGGUGCUUGUCAUUGGUAGUGGUGGUCUGGCCAUUGGACAGGCCGGAGAGUUUGACUACUCAGGUUCCCAAGCCCUCAAGGCCCUCAAGGAGGCCGGCGUCGCCUCGGUCCUCAUCAACCCCAACAUUGCAACCAUCCAGACAAACCACACCCUCGCUGACGAGGUCUACUACCUCCCCGUAACCCCCGAGUACGUCUCAUACGUCAUUGAAAAGGAGAAGCCCGAUGGCAUCUUCCUCUCCUUCGGUGGGCAGACGGCCCUCAACCUUGGUGUCCAGAUGCAGCGCAUGGGUCUCUUUGAAAAGUACGGCGUCAAGGUCCUGGGCACCAGCGUCCGCACCCUCGAGCUGAGUGAAGACCGCGACUUGUUCGCAAAGGCCCUCGAGGAAAUCAGCAUCCCCAUCGCAAAGUCCAUAGCUGUGGGCACCAUCGACGAGGCUCUCGAUGCCGCCGAAAAAGUGGGCUAUCCCAUUAUUGUCCGUGCCGCCUACGCCCUGGGCGGUCUCGGUUCCGGCUUCGCCAACAACGAGGAGGAGCUCCGCAACAUGGCCGCCCGCUCCCUCACCCUCUCCCCCCAGAUCCUGGUCGAAAAGUCCCUCAAGGGCUGGAAGGAAGUCGAGUAUGAGGUUGUACGCGAUGCAAACAACAACUGCAUCACGGUUUGCAACAUGGAAAACUUCGAUCCCCUUGGAAUCCACACCGGCGACUCCAUCGUCGUAGCGCCUAGCCAGACGCUCAGUGACGAGGAGUAUCACAUGCUGCGAUCUGCCGCCAUCAAGAUCGUCCGUCACCUCGGCGUUGUCGGUGAAUGUAACGUACAGUACGCCCUGCAGCCGGACGGUCUCGACUACCGAGUCAUUGAAGUCAAUGCUCGUCUCUCGCGCUCCUCGGCUCUGGCCUCCAAGGCCACCGGAUACCCGCUGGCCUACACCGCUGCCAAGAUUGGUCUGGGCCACACUCUCCCCGAGCUACCCAAUGCCGUCACCAAAACAACCACGGCCAACUUUGAGCCGUCGCUCGACUACAUUGUCACCAAGAUCCCUCGAUGGGAUCUGUCCAAGUUCCAGCACGUCAAGCGCGACAUUGGGAGUGCCAUGAAGUCGGUUGGCGAGGUCAUGGCCAUCGGCAGGACCUUUGAGGAGUCCUUCCAGAAAGCCAUCCGCCAGGUCGACCCCCGCUUCGUCGGCUUCCAGGGCGACAAGUUCGAGGACCUGGACCAUGAGCUGCAAAACCCUACCGACCGCCGAUGGCUCGCCGUUGGCCAGGCCAUGCUCCACGAAAACUACACAGUCGACAAGGUUCACGACCUGACCAAGAUCGACAAGUGGUUCCUCUACAAGCUGCAGAACAUUGUCAACUGCACCCGGGAGCUUCAAGCCGCCGGUGGCCUGCAGGCCCUCGGACGCGACCAGAUCUUGAGUGCCAAGAAGAUGGGCUUCUCCGAUCGUCAAAUCGCACAGGCGGUCAAGAGCACCGAGGACGAGGUCCGGAAAUGCCGUCUGAGCUUCAACAUUCGACCUUGGGUCAAGAAGAUUGAUACCUUGGCCGCCGAGUUUCCCGCCGAUACCAACUACCUGUACACGACCUACAACGGUUCUUCUCACGACGUCACGUUCGAGGACAAGGGCACUGUCGUUCUCGGAAGCGGCGUGUACCGAAUCGGAAGCUCCGUCGAGUUCGACUGGUGCGCCGUUAGCGCCACCCAGGCCCUCCGGGAGAUGGGCAAGAAGACGGUUAUGAUCAAUUUUAACCCCGAGACCUAUUCGACCGACUUCGAUACGGCGGACAAGCUGUAUUUUGAGGAGCUCAGCUACGAGCGCGUCAUGGAUAUCUAUGAGCUCGAGAACGCGUCGGGCGUGGUCGUCUCUGUCGGCGGCCAGCUGCCGCAGAAUAUUGCCCUUCGUCUGCAGGAGACUGGCGGCGCCAAGGUGCUUGGAACCGACCCCAAGGAUAUCGACAAGGCCGAAGACCGACAGAAAUUCUCCGAAAUCCUCGACAGUAUUGGAAUCGACCAGCCUGCUUGGAAGGAGCUUACAUCGGUCAAGGCCGCAGAGGAUUUCGCAGAACAAGUCGGCUACCCAGUCCUGGUUCGUCCAAGCUAUGUCCUCUCUGGCGCCGCCAUGACCGUCAUCAGGAGCAAAGAGGACCUCAAGGACAAGCUCGAGGCUGCCAGCAACGUCUCUCCCGACCACCCUGUCGUCAUCAGCAAGUUCAUCGAAGGCGCCCAGGAAAUCGACGUCGACGGCGUCGCGUCCAAGGGUGAACUCAUCAUCCACGCCAUCAGCGAGCACGUUGAGCAGGCUGGUGUCCACUCUGGCGAUGCUACCCUCGUCCUCCCGCCCGCCAACAUUGACCCGGCCAUCAUGGGGCGCCUCAAGGGCAUCGCUCAAAAGGUGGCACAGGCCUGGAACAUCACGGGCCCGUUCAACAUGCAAAUCAUCAAGGCCGACAACCCCGAGGGAGGCGAGCCUCUUCUGAAGGUCAUCGAGUGCAACCUCCGCGCCUCCCGCUCGUUCCCCUUUGUCAGCAAGGUCCUGGGCGUCAACUUUGUCGACGUCGCCACCAAGGCUCUCGUCGGCAAGGAUGUCCCCAAGCCCACUGACCUGAUGGCGGUCAAGCGCGACUACCUCGCUACCAAGGUGCCACAGUUCUCGUGGACCCGCCUCGCGGGCGCCGACCCCUUCCUCGGCGUCGAAAUGUCCUCGACGGGUGAGAUUGCCUGCUUCGGCAAGGACCUGGUCGAGGCGUACUGGGCGUCGGUCCAGUCGACCAUGAACUUCCGCAUGCCCGAGCCCGGCGAGGGUCUCCUGUUUGGCGGCGACGUCUCCAAGACGUGGCUUACACAGGUGGCCGACUAUGUCGCUCCCCUCGGCUACAAGCUGUACGCCGCCAGCAAAGAUGUCAAGAAGUUCCUCGAAUCGAGCUGCAAGCACAAUGUGUCCGUCGAGGUCAUCGAGUUCCCAACCGACGACAAGCGGGCUCUCCGCGAGGUCUUCAAGAAGUACGACAUCCGCGGCGCCUUUAACCUGGCGCUGGCCCGCGGCAAGACGACCCAGGACGUCGACUACGUCAUGCGUCGCAACGCCGUCGACUUUGGCGUGCCUCUGUUCAUGGAGCCCCAGACCGCCAUCCUCUUUGCUCAGUGCAUGAGCGAGAAGCUUCCCCGCAAGGACGGCAUUCCCUCGGAGGUGCGCCGGUGGUCCGACUUUAUCGGCGGCAAGCCGCUGUAG